AUGGCAACAUCGCCCAAUCUUCAAACGGUUGCGACUGGCGCCGAUGCAGCGUCUCUGGCGAUCCAUCGGGUUCGCUUUGUUAAUUGGUCGCCUUCCACGGUAACAGCCAUCGCCGUAUCCCCCACUUUUUCAGGUAGCGCAAGAGGGCUUCUCGCCAUCGGUCGGCAGAAUGGCAACAUUGAACUUUGCACCUGGAUCGGUUCUCGUGCAGCGCAAAAGUCCGACUUGGACGACAGAUGCUUCCAGUCGGAUGCUGCCGGUUGGGCUGUCCACACCGUCCUGCCCGGUCAGACCAACUCCAAGAUCGAGCAGCUCUGCUUCGUCAACCCUCCUCAUCAAGACCCGACUGAGCCACGCAAGCUGCGUCUGUUUAGCAUCUCUGGCGGCUCAAUUGUCACCGAGCACUACAUCCCGCUUCAGCUUGCUAAGCUCGGUGCGCGAAGAGACGCCGAUGUUGACCAACACGCUCAGUCCACCAAAUCGAGGCCAGGCAACGUCUCUCAGCUCUUUGGAUCCAAGUCUGCUUCGAACCUCGACCCGCACUACCCGGGUGAGACUAGGUGCUUGCCUUCGCUUGCUGGCGCUGUAUGGAGCAUGGCGCCCAGCGCUACGGGCAGAUACCUUGCUCUUGGCUGUGAGGACGGUUCGGUGCGGAUCAUCGACCUCGAGAAUGACCGCUUCGAGCACCUCGCCAGCACAUCCGCUCAAGACCGCAAGAUCGUACCUCGAUUCGGCAAGGCAAAGGGCAAAGUCAUCAGCCUUUGUUGGGGUCCUCCUGUUCGCUCCCGCCAGCCAUCCUCGCAACGCACGUCAUCGUCCAGCAGUGACGACAGCGACAACAGCGACAACAGCGACGACGAAGACCAUGACGAUUCCAAGAAUUGGCACGAGUCGUUCCUUGUUGGUGGACUGGCUCUGUCCACCGCCGUGGUUUGGCACGCUUCCACAGGCAACAUUGUCACCAAACUUGCACUCCAAAAGAACCGCACCGAGUCGACCAUCGUUUGGAGCGUUGCUACUCUUCCCGAUGGCACCAUUGUCACGGGCGAUUCCACGGGGCGCGUCACAUUUUUCGACGCGCAAACUCGCACCCCGAUUCCUGAAGCAAGUUUCCGCGCGCACGCUGCGUCUUCGGACGUGCUUGCGCUGUGUAUCGGACCGGAUGGUAGGACGGUGUACAGUGCUGGUGUCGACCAAAAGGUGGCGGAAUAUACCAAGAUCGACGCGGCCAACGGUGGUGCGCGCUGGAUUCACAUGGCAUCCAGACGAUUGCACGCACACGACAUUCGAGCUCUGGCGCUCGACCCGGCGUACUCUGCCUUGGACGCGGCGCAAGCCAUCGGCGAGGGGCGCCGGCUAGUACCGAGCCGUCUGCCUGUGCUGCUCAGCGGUGGUGUUGAUUUCAACCUGGUGCUCACCCCCGCAGCACCACCGUCGGCGAUCGUCAAGGCGCAAAAGUCGUCCACGAUCGCUUCGAUCCCUUCAGCACGCGCCAAGGCGGAAAGAGCAACGCUCAACAAGGUCGAGCAGCAACACGCGUCGAUCAAUCCGAUCUCAUCGAACCCGCUCACCACGUUUGCCGAUACGACGCAACGACGUGUGCCGUUUGUACCCACGACCUCACGCAGCGGUUUGCUCGGUGGCGGAUCGGUGGCGGCUCUCUGCGCUGGCAAAGGCUGGAUUGUGCUUCGGCGCGAACAGUCGGUCGGCAUCUGGGACCUCGGGAGCGCUUCGGAACUGGUUUCGCUCGCACACGCGUCUCAGGCGGGUGAGUCGCUGGAGCAGCGCUCGCCAAGCUGGGCAAAGCUGCUCGAAAUCGAGGUCAAGGUGGAUUCGAACCUGGUUUGCGUCGCGAUCAGUGGCGACGGCCGAUACCUGGCGCUCUCGGAUCUGUACGAGACCAAACUGUUUCAGCUGAAACUGCGUCGUCGAGCCGACUCGGAAGCGGUCGAGCUGGAGCCCAAGAAGAUCAAGAGUUUCAGCCGUGUUUUGGGGGGACACGAGAACGUGGCGCCGGCAGCAAGCGCGUUGAGGUUUUCGCCCGAUUCAACGAGGUUGGUGGUGUGUUCGUUGAGCGGGGCGUAUGUGCAUGUGCUCGAGUUGGCGUCGGAUGCCAAUGCGCACACGUGCAAGCUUCUGCGUAGUUUCGGUCACCAUCGUAGAGCUGCAGCGACAGUCGAGGAUCAAAGAACGAUCGCUGGUCGCAGACUCAACGGCGACAAGGCCGAGCGGGAUCGUGUCGAUUCACAUUCUCAGACGCAACGCGUGGAAAGAACGACAUCCACCAUCAUCCAGCAUGCCGAGAUCUCGCAUGACGGUGCGUGGCUCUGCACGAUCUCGUCGGAUCUGCAGCACCACAUCUUCUCACUCGACUCGCUCAGCUAUGCAAGGACGCUGCCGUCGGCGUCGAGCUUGCCGUCUGGCGUGGUGUUCCACCCUUCCAGCUCGGCGCAGUUCAGCAGCAUGUUGACGCUCGUGUUUUCGGACAACAAGCUGGAAUUCUGGGAUGUGGAGAGCGGAAAAGAGCUUACCAGAGACCCGGUGCCGACGAAUGCAGCAGCUAAGCAUGUCGGCGAAAACGCAAGCAGCCGCAGUCAACGCAAGCGAGCCAGCCAGCAAUCCCGCUCCACACCCAGCGCUGGUCUUGCUGAUGCCAUGGCAGCUACCGACUCGCGCACCGCACUCGUCGACAACCUCAGCUCGCUCAAGCACAUGCUACAGCUCCGCCUCUCGAGUGUGCGCGACUUUGCCAUUUCCGCCGUAUGGUGCGGCGACGCAAGUGCCAACUUGGCCAAUUACACGCUCGUCGUCUACGGUGCUACAUGGAUCUGUACCGCGCGUCCGCUUUCAGCCGCGCCAGACAUCCAAACUGACAUGGACAUGUCUGACCAUCCCACCUCGAUCGCCUCUGACGCUUCGUCUACUACGUUCAAAUGGACCGUAAAAACCACGGCCAAGUACCAACCGCUCCUACUCGUCGCUCAGUUACCGCUCCAACCCGCCGACGCUGCGCACCUCGUGGUCGUCGAAAGACCUUACUUCGAGCUCGCCAAGAAGUUGCCCGCCGCCUUCCACCGCGGUGCUCGCUACGGCGCCUAA